UACUUGCGAUUGGCCAAGGCAACGUGGGGCCCGGAGAGGAAGACGGUGAAUGGCUGGAGCAAGAGCCUCGGGCGUCGAUUGGCUGCGGAGAGAGAGGGCGGGGCAGCAGUCGGGAAAGCGGAAGCAACUGGCUGAGGGGAGCCGGGGGAGUCUCGAGCGGUUCAACAUGGCGGCGGGGGCGGAGACGUUCUCCCUGCGGGAAGUGCUGGUGGCGUUCACGGCCUGCGUCAGCGAGCAGCGGGAAGUUCGCGUGGACCCGUACCUGGCGGGCUGGAAAGGCCUGGUCCGGUUUCUGAACUGCCUGGGCACAAUUUUCUCCUUCAUUUCUAAAGACGCAGUGACCAAAAUAGAGAUCAUAGAGAAUUACCGUAAUAGUGACCAGCGAGAAAAGUACUUGACCGUUCAAUCCAUGGUGGAGUAUGAGCUGGCUAAUGGCCUGGUUGAUCUCCAACAGCGAUCCAAGCACCCUAACUCAGGUUGCAGAACCUUCUUGCGCCUCCACCGAGCCCUUCACUGGCUGCAGAUGUUCUUGGAAGGACUGAGGACUGGCGAGGACAACUCCAAAACCUCUGUGAUCUGCUCAGAGACGUACAAUGCUUCCUUGGCUAACUAUCAUCCCUGGAUUAUUCGCAAGGCUGCCGGGGUGGCUUUUUGUGCCUUACCCACUCGAAAUACAUUCCUUGAAACCAUGAAUGUGGGCACAGCUGAAGAGGCGGUGGCUAUGCUGGGGAAUGCUUUGCCCUAUAUCUGUGAAGUCUAUAAAAUCACAGAGGAGCUCUAUGCCCAACACAAACUGCUCGACCUCCCCUAGCGUAGGGGAUGUUUGAUUAGAAUAUCUCAAUAUUGAGAUUGCUGGAAUUCACUGUAUGGGGGGGGGGGGAGGGUGCACUUAUGUAAAUAAGUGGUUAUUUGCACUAGAGACUGGAUUCUUUUCCUCUUCCCCCAUGUCUCUAGUAGAGCCCAUAAAUAACCUGAUUGGUACUCUUUGGCCUUUUAAAAGAGAGCUGACUUAAUUCUUGGCUCCCCUUUUAUAAGAAGACAUUUGGAAUAAACAUUCCAAAGCCCCUAUUAGCUUGUUUAAACUUAAAGGACUUAUCGCUUUUCUCUGCACUGAACUUCUUUUUCAAAACUUUAUCAGGUCUUUAUUCUUUGUAAAAGCCAAACAAAGCACCCGGCCACGAGUGAUCACUUAAUCUUUGUAGCUCCAAUGCCUUUUUAAACAAAAGUGAUGAGGACUCUCCCUUUGUCCUACUCGUGUGAUGAUGCUAAAAUACAGCUAAACUAGGGUUGGAACCUCUUGCUGUGAUAUUGUAAGGCCUGUGUACAGAUGACACUCAUUGCCAUUCAGCCACUUGUUCUCUGGUUGGGUUAGCAAGGUGAUGUGUGUUACAGGGCCUGGUAUUUUGGUUUUGAUGCACUGCAAAGCAGGGACCUUGAAAUUAUGAUGCUUUCUCUCAACAGUGAGAGCAAUUGGUUACAGACCACCCUCAUGGCAGCUGGUCAUCACUUGCACUGGAUAAUACUUCCUGCCCUUUCUUCUCACACUCAUCCUCACAAAAACUAAAUGGCGUGGAGAUGUGGUAUAAGGAUACGUUUCCUCCCCCCCUUUUUUUUGUGUGGGGCUGUUGAGAUAGGAAGUCCCUUUGUUAUUUUCUCCCUCUUCCCCCUCCCUCUCCCCAGUUGUAUUGCUUGGCAUCAUGCCUUUUGGGGGUGGGGAAUAAUCUUUAGUGCAAACUGCACAGUACUGAAUCAUAGAAUAAUUCAGAGCCUUAUGGAUGUUGAGGUUACAGAAACAACCCCUGCAGUAGACUUUAGGAAAUAAAGGGAAUGCUGAAAGCCUAGAGAAAUGAAGUCCUGGUGGCUGGGUGGGGUAAUUAUGAUUUGUACUAUACAUAAAAUCAUAGUGUUUGCUGAAGCUUAAUGCCUUCCAGUCCAAAUCAAUCAUAAGCUUUAAAAGGAGGGUAAAUCUUCAUGCAAGUGGUAAGGGUAAAAUUGUUUUAGCAAGAAUUCCUAUAUAUGUUGUGUAUAUAAUAGGUGUAUAAAUAGGAAAAGGUAUGCAAGCUGGUUAUAAAAUAAUGAAUUGUACUUUAUCAGAUAUUUUCAAAAUUUAUCUUUCACAACACUGCAUGGAUAUUUCAGAAAGAACACUAAUACCACUGCUGUGAAACUAUUUCAAGACAACGUUCACACCUCUCACGCUGU